UAAAGUUAAAAAAAUAUGUUAUCGUGAUUAGAAAAUGUUUAAAUAUUAUGUGCACUGCUGGACUUGUCUGGGGGCAUCUCUUUCACAAAACUCAAACCACAUUGGCUAAGGGGACUGGAUUUGUUUGGCAUGCUUCCUCCCUAGUCCCCCCCUACAUACCUAUUUCACCCUCUUUUUUUUCCUAUCAAACUCCAAAAAUACAACAACAUUUGCUUUGAUUUCCGUGUGCUAAAUGAGAAUCUUAAAUUCUUCCUUAUCAGUCCUAAUAAUGAUAUUUUAUUCUUUCCUCUUUUAAUUUUAUAUAUAUAAUAUAUAUAUAUAUAUAUAUCUUUGGGGGUGCUCACUUUGGCAGUAUAUACUAGAGGCAAAAUUAAAAGUGGGAUGUUAAUAAACUCUCUCAAACAAAGAAAAAGCCUAAAAGUCUCCAAGUUUUGGUUUUUAAACUCCUCAAAGUUCUUCUAUUCGAUCAAUAAAGUACGUUGCAGGUACUAAUAUACAUUCCCAAUUCCGGAGAUACAUUGAGUCAAAUCGAAGAAACAUCGUUCUCUUCCUCUUCUUUCUGUCUUUUUUAUUUUAAAAAUGGAGAAGCUUAUCAAUCCUUACGAUAAGGAAUACAUGAAGAUGGCGAUGUUAAAGCAUGAAGAGAUCUUCAGAGAACAGGUGUACGAACUGCAUCGUCUAUAUCAAACACAGAAAUUGCUGAUGAGAAACAUGUCAAGUAGUACUAAUAAUCGGCCUCAACAAGAUCAUCAUCAAGUAGUGGUAAACCAAUUAGACUCGAACAAAAAGAUAACUGCUCGUCAAUGUAUUGACUUGGAAAUAAGGCCAAAUACAGACGAAGAACACAUUGCAGAAUCAGGUGGUGAAGAUGAUACUCAUGAAUUGGAAUUAACAUUAGGGCUAUCAAGUUACAACGUUCGUCGAAGGAGAAAAACAGCUCAUUUUGAUUCUUCUUCACCAAGUUUUUCUUCAUCUAAUUCAACAGGAUCUGCUUCUAGCCAAAUAAAGAACACUACGACAAAUUUAGUGAGAAAUUCGAGGAAUAUUGAAGGUAGUAAAUGGGGACUUGAAGAGAAAUUGCCAGUUUCGAAUAAUUUUCAGAUUGGUGCAAGAAGUUCACAAAGUAAUCAAAAUGUUGAUCAAGAGCAAUAUAGAUCACAAGAUUCGUUGAAUAAUCCUCCUUGGCUUUUUCAAGUUUUGAGUUUGAAUAUGACGUAAAAAAAAAACUACUAUUAUUUAAUUAUGAUGCUGAUCGAUGAUUAAUUAGUCGAUCGGAUGUGAUAAGAUUUUAGACUUUCAUCCUACCGAUCGACUACUUAUGUAAUUUAAUUUUGUGUGAAAUUUUAGUAUCAUCUUUUGUUUAAUUCUAAUCUCUUUGUUUAAUUUGCUAA